CCGGCCACGGGGUCGCGGGCGCCGGGGGACACACCAGCAUGUGGCGGAGAUUAAUGUGACAGUGUCAGGCGGAUCAACAGCUGUCCCAGUGCCUCCUUUGCCUGGGAGGUCGCUGAGCAGAGGGAAGCAUGGAGGAGAGUAAGGCCGAGACGACCAAUCACGCUCAUGUCCUCUUCGACCGGUUUGUGCAGGCCACCACCUGCAAGGGGACCCUCAAGGCCUUCCAAGAGCUCUGCGACCACCUGGAACUGAAACCUAAAGAUUACCGCUCCUUCUAUCACAAGCUCAAGUCCAAGUUGAACUAUUGGAAAGCUAAAGCUCUCUGGGCAAAGUUGGACAAACGGGGCAGCCACAAAGACUACAAAAAGGGAAAAGCGUGCACAAACACCAAGUGUCUCAUCAUCGGAGCUGGCCCCUGUGGUCUCCGCACAGCCAUUGAUUUAUCCUUAUUGGGAGCCAAGGUGGUCGUCAUUGAGAAGCGAGAUGCCUUCUCCCGAAACAAUGUCUUGCAUCUCUGGCCAUUCACCAUUCAUGAUCUGCGAGGUCUGGGUGCCAAGAAGUUCUAUGGCAAGUUCUGUGCCGGAGCCAUUGACCAUAUCAGUAUCCGUCAGCUUCAAUUAAUACUUUUGAAAGUAGCCUUGAUCCUAGGCAUCGAAAUCCAUGUCAACGUAGAAUUCCAAGGACUUGUACAGCCUCCCGAGGACCAGGAAAAUGAACGGAUAGGUUGGCGGGCACUGGUGCACCCCAAGACCCACCCUGUGUCAGAAUAUGAAUUUGAAGUGAUCAUUGGAGGGGAUGGCCGUCGGAACACCUUGGAAGGAUUUCGUCGCAAAGAAUUUCGUGGCAAACUGGCCAUUGCUAUCACAGCGAAUUUUAUUAACCGAAAUACAACAGCAGAAGCCAAAGUGGAAGAGAUCAGUGGUGUGGCUUUUAUAUUCAACCAAAAAUUUUUCCAGGAACUAAGGGAAGCCACAGGUAUUGAUUUGGAGAACAUUGUCUACUACAAAGACGACACGCACUAUUUCGUGAUGACGGCCAAAAAGCAGAGUCUACUAGACAAAGGGGUGAUACUCCAUGACUAUGCCGACACAGAGCUCUUGCUCUCCCGAGAGAAUGUGGACCAGGAGGCUCUGCUGAACUAUGCCAGGGAGGCGGCCGACUUCUCCACUCAGCAGCAGCUGCCGUCCCUGGAUUUUGCCAUCAAUCACUACGGGCAGCCCGACGUGGCCAUGUUCGACUUCACAUGUAUGUACGCCUCCGAGAACGCAGCCCUGGUGCGGGAGCAGAAUGGACAUCAGCUGUUGGUGGCACUGGUUGGGGACAGCCUCCUAGAGCCUUUUUGGCCAAUGGGAACAGGAAUCGCUCGGGGCUUUCUCGCUGCCAUGGAUUCUGCCUGGAUGGUCCGAAGCUGGUCUCUAGGGACAAGCCCCUUGGAAGUCUUGGCCGAGAGGGAAAGCAUUUAUCGGCUGCUGCCUCAGACCACCCCUGAGAAUGUGAGUAAAAACUUCAGCCAAUACAGCAUUGACCCUGUCACCAGAUACCCCAAUAUUAACGUCAACUUCCUCCGGCCAAGCCAGGUGCGCCAUUUAUAUGAUACUGGAGAAACAAAAGAUAUUCAUCUGGAAAUGGAGAACCUGGUGAAUUCUCGAACUACCCCAAAGCUGACUCGCAACGAGUCCAUUGCUCGUUCGAGCAAACUGCUGGGUUGGUGCCAAAGACAGACAGAUGGCUACGCAGGGGUAAAUGUGACAGAUCUCACCAUGUCCUGGAAGAGUGGCCUGGCCCUGUGUGCCAUUAUCCAUCGGUAUCGGCCUGAUCUGAUAGACUUCGAUUCUUUGGAUGAGCAAAAUGUGGAGAAGAAUAACCAGCUGGCCUUUGACAUUGCUGAGAAGGAACUGGGCAUUUCUCCCAUCAUGACAGGCAAAGAGAUGGCCUCCGUGGGGCAGCCUGACACGCUCUCCAUGGUGAUGUACCUGACUCAGUUCUACGAGAUGUUCAAGGACUCUCUUCCCUCCAGCGAUGCCUUGGAACUGAAUGCUGAGGAGAAAGCAGUCCUGAUAGCCAGCACUAAAUCCCCCAUCUCCUUCCUAAGUAAGCUGGGACAGACCAUCUCUCGGAAGCGGUCUCCCAAGGAUAAGAAGGAAAAGGACUUGGAUGGUGCUGGAAAGAGAAGAAAGACCAGUCAAUCAGAAGAGGAGGACGCGCCCCGAGCCUGCAGAGGGGGACGGCCCACGCUGGUGAGCACCCUGACAGACAGGAGGAUGGACGCAGCCCUCGGCAACCAGAACAAAGUGAAGUACAUGGCAACCCAGCUGCUGGCCAAAUUUGAAGAGAAUGCCCCUCCUCAGUCCACCGGCAUGCGGAGACAGCCGACACAAGAGCGUGGGGUCAGCCAGCCGUCCUGCUGCCUACCUGGGCAGGGUCGCCCUGCUCCCACCCCCCAGUGGAAACAGGGCUCCAUAAAGAAGGAGUUCCCGCAAAACCUGGGCGGCAGCGACACCUGCUACUUCUGCCAGAAGCGGGUCUACGUGAUGGAGAGACUGAGCGCCGAGGGCAAGUUCUUCCACCGGAGCUGCUUCAAGUGCGAGUACUGCGCCACCACCCUGCGCCUCUCGGCCUACGCCUAUGACAUCGAGGAUGGUAAAUUCUACUGCAAACCCCACUACUGUUACCGACUCUCCGGCUCUGCACAGAGGAAGAGGCCGGCCAUGGCUGCGCUGUCUGGAAAGGAGGCCAGAGGACCCCUGCAGGACGGCCCCGCCGUGGACACAAAUGGACGGGCCAGCACCGUCGCCAGCGCCGCCGAGAGAACUCCAGGUUCGAGUGUGAAUGGCCUGGAGGAGCCCAGCAUCGCCAAGCGGCUGAGGGGCACCCCAGAGAGGAUCGAGCUGGAGAACUACCGCCUGUCUGUGAAGCAGGCCGAGGAACUGGAGGAGGUGCCCGAGGAGACGCAGGCCGAGCACAACCUGAGCAGCGUGCUGGACAAGGGCACAGAGGAGGACGUGGGCAGCAGCAGCUCGGAGUCCGAGAUGGACGAGGAGGAGGAAGACGACGAGCCGCCGCUGCCCACCUCCGACCUGGGCGGCGUGCCCUGGAAGGAGGCCGUGCGGAUCCACGCGCUCCUGAAAGGGAAGAGCGAAGAGGAGCUCGAGGCCUCCAAGAGCUACCAGCCCGGGGGCGCGGAGGAGGAGGAGGAGUAUGAAGAGGAGGAGGAGGAGUAUGAAGAGGAGGAGUACGAGGAGGAGGAGGAGGAGGAGUCCAGUGAAGCCGGGAGACAGAGGCUCCAGCAGAUCAUAAAUCCCGCGGAUCCCUUGGAGAUCCAGGCCGACGUGCACUGGACGCACAUUCGCGAGAAAGAGGAGGAGAGAAUGGUACCAACCUCUGAGUCCUCUACUUCUAGAGUCCCAUUUGAUGAGCAUGACCUGGAGGAAGAUGUGGACUCGGAACCUGCAGAGAUAGAAGGGGAGGCAGCAGAGAAUGGGGAUACAGGGGACACUGGUGCUGAGCUGGAUGAUGAUCAGCACUGGUCUGACGAUGUCCCGUCGGAUGCCGAGACCCAGCUUCGCCAGUGGCACCAGGCGGAGGCAGAAGCCGAGCUGGAGCUGAGGGUAUCAGAAAAUGAGGAGGAGCAGCCACUCACCACCCCAGAGCACCAGGGGAGAGGUCCCUCCCAGGCCUCCAGCCCCAUCCGCUCCCCUGCGGAACAAGCUGUUCUGUUCUCCCCAGUCUGUCCCCCCAAGGCAGAGGAAGCCGGAAUCCCACUCACCCCUGUUGCUACCAAGGUGAAAUCACCUGAGGAACGCUUUUUCCCUGAGCUUUUGCUCCCCAAAGAGAAACCCAAAGCAGAGGCCCCCACCGAUGAGAAAGCCGUGAGCUCUCCCAUCAGAUCUCAGCCCGUGGCUCUCCCGGAAGCCAGGACGCCUACCUCCCCAGUUAGCUCACAGCACUUGUCGCCACUGCCUACCUCCACCACCCCCUCCAGCCAGUUCCCCAUCUGCUCCCAGCCGCAGCCCUCCUCCGAGGCCACCAUCCCAUCCCCCACCAAGUCCCCCAUACGCUUCCAGCCUGUUCCAGCCAAGACAUCCACACCCCUCAUCAAGCACCAAGGAGACACCAAGGACAGGCUGGGCACCCCUCUCACUGUGGACGAGGCCCUGAAACGGAACGACCUGGUGGCAGAGUUCUGGAUGAAGAGCGCCGAAAUCCGCCGCAGCCUCGGGCUCACCCCCGUGGAUCGGGGCAAGGGGUCUGAGCCCAGCUUCCCCUCGCCUGCCCUUAAGCCAGCACCCCUAAAAUCCUCUGCCAUUGAGAAGUCCCUUCAGGGUGAGGGGCUCAGUCUUCUAAAACCUCCAUCUGCUCCUAAGAGGCUGGGCCUGCCACAAUCGGAUGGUGACUCGCCCUCCCUGCCAACCCCCAAGUCCCCAUCUGACAGAGAGCUGAGAAGCGCCCACGAGGAGCGGAGAGACCUGUCCAGCAGCUCUGGGCUGGGCCUCCACGGGAGCUCCUCCAAUAUGAAGACCUUAGGCAGCCAGAGCUUCAACACCUCGGACUCCACCAUGCUCACCCCACCUUCCAGCCCUCCCCCGCCCCCACCCCAGGACGAAGAGCCCGCAACUCUCCAGAGGAAGCCCUGUCAGACGGAGCCUAAAGAAGCAGAGCCCAAGGCCUCGGUGACCCCACCCCCACCCCCUCCCAGCUUCAUGCGGCCCCCCCGGGAGCCAGCCCAGCCCCCCCGAGAGGAGGUGCGGAAGUCAUUUGUGGAGAGCGUGGACGAGAUCCCCUUUGCCGACGACGUGGAGGACACGUACGACGAGCAGACCGAGGACUCCAGCCUGCAGGAGAACUUCUUCACGCCCCCCUCCCACUGGGCCCGCGCCGAGAAGCCCCCCCACCCACCGCUCGCCAAGGAGAACGGGAGACUGCCUGCUCUGGAGAGCGGGGCCCAGCCUCAGAGGAGGGGGCUGCCCGUAGUCUCCCCAGAAGCCAAGGAGCUGGCCGAGGAGCGCAUGCGAGCCAGGGAGAAGUCUGUCAAGAGCCAGGCGUUGAGAGAUGCCAUGGCCAAGCAGCUGAGCAGGAUGAAGGAGCAGGAGUUGGCAGCCAGCGCCUCCCGCAGAGCCUCCUCCAUGCCCUCCAAGGGCAAAGAACUCGGCCCUGACUCCCCCAGACGCCCGGGGCUCAAAGGCUCUGAGGAGUCCACCCGGAAGCACGAAGCCACCAGCGAGGAGGUCUUCUCCCCUCCCUCAGACUCGGGGGGCCCAGACGGCUCCAUGACCUCAUCCGAGGGCUCCAGCGGGAAGAGCAAGAAGAGAUCGUCGCUCUUCUCCCCCCGCAGAAACAAGAAAGAGAAGAAGUCCAAAGGGGAGGGCCGGCCCCCGGAGAAGCCCAGCCCGAGCCUGCCCGAGGAGGCAGCCGCCAAGCCCAAGUCCUUGUGGAAGUCAGUCUUUUCGGGGUACAAGAAGGACAAGAAGAAGAAGGGGGACGACAGGUCCUGCUCCAGCACCCCUUCCAGCGGGGCCACCGUGGACUCUGCCAAGCACAGGCUGUCUCCCGUGGUGAGAGCAGAGCUGCAGCUGCGGCGCCAGUUGAGUUUCUCGGAGGACUCGGACCUCUCCAGCGACGACAUCCUCGAGAGGUCCUCCCAGAAGUCCAAGCGAGAGCCAAGGACCUACACAGAGGAAGAGCUGAAUGCCAAACUGACCCGGCGUGUUCAGAAGGCAGCCCGGAGACAGGCCAAGCAAGAGGAACUCAAGCGACUGCACCGAGCCCAGAUUAUCCAACGGCAGCUGGAACAGGUGGAGGAGAAGCAGAGGCAGCUGGAGGAAAGAGGCGUGGCUGUGGAGAAGGCCCUCCGCGGUGAAGCAGACUAUUGGGGAGAGUCUUAUUACAGUGACCUCAUCGACUUGCAUCUGGGUGGCAUGGGCAAGAAAGACGACCCCAAGCUGAUGCAGGAGUGGUUCAAGCUGGUGCAGGAGAAAAAUGCCAUGGUGCGCUACGAGUCGGAGCUGAUGAUUUUUGCCCGGGAGCUGGAGCUAGAAGACCGGCAGAGCCGACUGCAGCAGGAACUCCGGGAGCGGAUGGCCGUGGAAGAUCAUCUGAAGACCGAGGAGGAGCUGUCUGAGGAGAAGAAGAUCCUGAACGAGAUGCUGGACGUGGUAGAACAGAGAGACGCCCUCGUGGCCCUACUGGAGGAGCAGCGGCUGCGGGAAAAAGAGGAGGACAAGGACCUGGAGGCCGUCAUGCUGUCCAAGGGCUUCAGCCUGAACUGGUCGUGAGCUCCUGUCCACGCGCUGGCUGGCUGGCUGGUCUGUGGCAUCUGCCUGACCCGGGCUGGGUUCUCCCAAACCACCAGAUCCAGGAUCUGAGAAGGCCUGGCACCUCCUGGGAGUCUGCACUCAAAUGUCCACGUGCCUCUUGAAAGCAAGUCAGGCGUCACCGCUGUGGGGAGCCCCAGGCGAAGAUGGUUAUCGGAGGUGGAUCGGCCUCCCUGGAGAGACCCAUCGUGACUGCCCGCUCUGGAGAGAGAGGAGCAUGGAGCGUUUGACUCUGCCAUGAGAAAAGAAAAGCCUGCUCGCUCCCUGAGGACUCACGCUGACUAGCGCCCCUCUUCAGCUCGCGAGUUCGACGAAAGAAAGAUGCUGCUCCCUCCCUGUCCAGACCCAGCUGCCAGAGCCCUCCGCAGAGGGAAGGGGCUGAGGUGCUCAUGCUCCCUGCAGCGCCACCAAAGAAAUGAAGAGGACACCCCAGGAAAGCAAGAUGGGAAUCAGGACUUGGGAGCAGGACAGUGGCGAUGGGGCCAUACCCAGGCCCGCCCCGCAGGGAAGCCGAGGGUGGACUGGCUCCAAAUCCAUUAUGCAAGUAAGGAGACUCGAGGGGUCUGCCCCCCGCCCCACCCCACACACUGGACCCCAGUGGCCAGAUGCCUUGGCCGAGGCCCGGGUCUGCGGACUGCUGCAUUUUGCUUUUCACAACCAUUUUGACACUGGAAAAUCCUGACUUUGGGGGACAGGGGUGAGGCCCUACGUUGCAAGCCCCCAGCUGACGGACAGGCGUUGUCCCUGUUCAGGCUUCACCUGGGGCAGGAGGCUCUCUUUCUCCUUGGUGUUUUUCCUGUGUUUGCACAUUGAAAUGAAGGUGACAACCUGGCAAGACGCUCAGCUGCUUCAGGCCCUUUUUGUCAAUUAACUUAUUUUUUUAAUACUUGAAAAGAAGCAACUUCAUUUUUAUAUCUUUACUAGAGACACUGAUCACCUGGCACCCAGGGUUGGCACGACAGAGGUGUCCCUGCACCCCACACUGCCCGUCCACACUGACAACGCUCAUUACAGCCGUCUAUUUAUUAGCCUCCUUCGUGGUGUACUGUCCGGCUGGCGUCAGGGAGCAGCUGAGGCCCUCGUGUGGUCCUUGCUCCCGCUCUUCUGUCCCCUGGUGUGCUGUGCCGCCCCUCCUCCCUUCCCGGCCCCCAUUCUCACUCUGGCACCAGACUCCCACACCUGCACCAGCCGCUGUCCAGAACACAUUUUAACACUGUGUGUGGCCGCUCGCCUGCCUCUUCCUGGUGGAAUCCUGGCUGGGCAGAACCCAUUUCUUUUUCUCAGUGUUGGUACCAGGCUUUCACCUCCCAUAACACAUUUAUUAAAGAAAAAUUUGGGGUGCAUCCUCUUUCGGGCUGGCUGAGACCAUGCAUGGUGGGACCUUGUGAUCCAUCUGGCCAAUGAGGAUUCCCUCAGCGCAGCCGCAGAUCCAGCCGCAUAGAAAUGUGGGUGCUGGGCCUUGGCUGGGGCCUCACAAGCUGGUGAGCAGCUCUCGCCCUCUGUUCCUGAGGGCCUUGAGUACCUCCCCAGCCCCAGAUCGUCAUGGGGGGACAAUGAUAAGCACCAUGUCACUAGCUCUCUGAGACAACCUCAUCAUUUCUCCUGGCUCACCCGAGGCUGGCUGUGUGCAGCUGGCAGCACCGCUGUCCUAGAACACCGAGCACAGAGAGCCCGUCUCAUCCACCAACAGAAUUAGCACAGAGUCUGCCCGGGGAGGAUCCAUCUGGGCCAGGACAACCUGGAAGGAUCCUCCAGCCAACUCCUGCUGCAGAGGGGCCCGUGCAGAGAGAACAGAGGCCUGGCAACUCCUCGAGAUGCCACAAGGGCAGGGCAUAGCGGGGUCAGUGCAGACCUCAGAACCACACCGUGCCUCAACUUGAACUUUCACUCUGACUACAAAGGAACAAAGAGCCUGUCUGCUUCACUUUGUCCGAAAGCUGCCAUCUCUCUCCUGUGGAAGUUCAGGAGACAUGCCCCUGGCCACCUCACAGUCCUGGCUUCUUCACAUCUGUUUUCUGAUGAGGCAGAGUCUCCAUUUCUCUUCUCUUAAAAAAGGGAGUGAGGAGGGUGUUCUUUAAACACUUUAAAGUGUUUUAUCUUUAAACCCGACCUCCCAUUAAAACCGAACUUGGGACAGGACCUUCCUCUCCUGCGUGGCCUUUUCCCCGACCCUUUCCAGCUGUUAAAUGCCACCGUAGCUGACCAGGCCCUGGGAGAGCUGCCUCCAUCUCCCGCUAACACAGAACAAGGAAGGCUCAGCUCCAAGUGGCCCCGUGGGCUCGGAGCACCGAUACUGCCAUCUGCCCCAACUGCCGGCCAGUCUUUAGCACCUCUGCAUCCUUCCGAAACACACGCUGCUGCCGCAGUUGCUAGAAAGAGGCCGAAGAAUACAAAGAAGCCUCACAAAUCCGCAAGCCUGCAAAAUGUCCCCCAGCUCUCCCCUCCCGACAGCGUGACGUCAGAUCUGGCCAAGCACUUUCUUUCUAAACUCCCAUUUGAUGACCACUAGUUUACGGUUUAUUUUAGUGCUCUGGUCACAUGCUGCAUGAAAUGUUUUCUAACUCUGGAAAUGCAUGCAUCUCCACGCAGGCUUUCCCCCAGGACUACAUCCCCUUGAGGGGGCCUGGGAGAGCAGGGGGUAUCUCUGAAGUGCGGGGUUUGAGGGAGGCCAAGCACAAGGCCAAGAGAGUGGCACCGAGCUUCAGUGUCGGUGGGAGAGGCAGUGGGCACCACCCCCGGUCCGAGGGUGGCCACCCGCCAGCUGAUUCUGACCACCAACUAUUCUUUACCCCUUCAAGACAGAAGACAUUUUUCAAAGGGGCAAGAAAGAGAGAGUUUAAAGAGAUUUUGAAGGUGUUAACAACGGACCUGCAAAGGGGAAUGGUCCAUUUUAUGCGCAAUAAAAAAAAACUUUAAAGAAAUACAGUGUAUUUCUGAAGUCACUUUUCUGGACUUGGCAGCAAGCCGGGGUGCGGUCCCACAUUCUGCCACCUGCCCUUUUCAGUCAUGAUGUGACUAGCCUACGUGUGGGUGUCACAGACUUGUUUAAAGACCACAACUUUUGUUUUGGUUUGUGUUUGUUUUGAAACUCCGUGUUACCCCAGCUCAGCCAUCGACUGCCAUCACCUAAGAAAAUGUCUGAAGCAACCCACUGUGGUAAGAAGCUGCUUUUCAAACAGAGCCCCAGAAUCCUCUGGAAGAGAAGAAGCGUGUUCUUUGAAAUUGGGUUUCUCCAAGACAGCGUGAUCCUGCUCCCUGCAGACCUGCCGGGCUCUGUCCUUGAACACAACUGACCAGUGGUUUGGGGUUUGCAGUCACCACGCCCCAACCAUUCAGGUGUCUAGGUGUCCCUCACGACAGUCAGUGCAUAGGGGCUUGCUGGUCAUCCUCUUGAGCCUAGAGUCACCCCACCAGUUUGAAGAGAAUGAUGCUGACCAGUUCUCUCUGCUGCAUGAAGCCUCUGAACUGCCACGUAGGACUAGGAUCGAGACACAGCCCAGCUCUCCUCAGCAUGUUGAGCCAUCAGGCGUGUGACUGACUGACCUGCCGUGGGGCUAAUCCCAGCACCACGGUGCUUCUCCAUAAUGGGGACAGCAAGGAGAGAAAAAACAGCGAUAGAUGGUGGAGGUAACUGGCCUGACCCAGAGGUCGCUGCCAUGGAUACUGCGUUCCAGAUCCGGCUGCAUGACCACCUAUUCCAGAAGGAAGAAGAUGGCUGUGCCCACACCGAUGCAGACAUCUCAGGGUAGAAGAAACAUAACCAGCUCGAGUGAAUGCGCUGUGGCCCCAGAUUCCUGGGAGGAAAGGUGGGUGACUGCCUGGCCUGUUGGGAAAGUCAGGAGGGCUUGGGGUCACCUGUGCUGACCCAGUCACCUUUCGUUCCUCAGGAAUCACUUUGAUUAGAGUUGGCAACAGGCAGGGUCUGGCUGUCCUUCACAGCAAG